AUGAACACCUCACAUCAUCAUGGACUGCAUCAUUCAUUUCGGAACCACAGCCAAGGAGCUCUGCCGGUGGGAAAGCCCUCUCAUGGUGACAGAGGAUCAGCUUCUGGAUGCUACGAGCAGCUGCUGAUCUCCACGGAGAUCUUCCUCACGCUCGGCCUGGUCAGCCUCCUGGAGAACAUCCUUGUGAUUGCAGCCAUCGUCAAAAACAAGAACCUACAUUCCCCUAUGUACUUCUUCAUCUGCAGCUUGGCUGUAGCAGACUUGUUAGUGAGUGUCUCCAAUGCUUCGGAAACAGUUGUGAUGGCGCUCAUCACUGGAGGCAACCUGACCAACCGUGAGAGCAUCAUUAAGAACAUGGACAACGUGUUUGACUCUAUGAUCUGCAGCUCUCUGUUGGCCUCCAUUUGGAGUUUGUUGGCCAUCGCGGUGGACCGCUACAUCACAAUCUUCUACGCUUUGCGCUACCACAACAUCAUGACCCAGCGGCGGGCGGGCACCAUCAUCACCUGCAUCUGGACCUUCUGCACAGUCUCCGGCGUACUCUUUAUCGUGUAUUCAGAAAGCACCACUGUUCUCAUCUGCCUCAUCAGCAUGUUCUUCACCAUGCUGGCGCUCAUGGCCUCACUCUACGUCCACAUGUUCCUUCUAGCCCGGCUGCACAUGAAACGGAUCGCCGCCUUACCUGGAAACGGCCCGAUAUGGCAGGCGGCGAAUAUGAAGGGCGCCAUUACCAUUACUAUACUACUGGGGGUGUUUGUGGUGUGCUGGGCGCCCUUUUUCUUGCACCUCAUCCUCAUGAUCUCCUGCCCGCGGAAUCCUUAUUGUGUCUGCUUCAUGUCACACUUCAACAUGUAUCUGAUCCUCAUUAUGUGCAACUCGGUCAUAGACCCGCUCAUAUAUGCCUUCAGAAGCCAAGAAAUGAGGAAGACCUUCAAGGAGAUCUGCUGCUGCUGGUAUGGACUUGCAUCUCUGUGUGUAUAA